AUGAUAUUCAAUGUGUUUGUCUUAAUGAAUUUAUUUAAGGAAAUAAAUUGUCGAAAAAUUCAUCGCGAAAAAAAUAUUUUUCGUGGAAUAUUUGCAAAUUCAACCUUUUAUGGUAUGUGGAUUGUUAUAUUUGUUAUACAAAUUAUUCUCGUUCAAUAUGGUUCAUUUCUAUUUUCUUGUGUUCCAUUAACAUUUAAACAAUGGAUGUGGUGUCUUCUUUUUGGUGUUUCGGUUCUUCUAUGGCAUCAAAUGAUUAGUUUGAUCCCGACAACACAUCAUAUGCAGAAGUUAGGUGCACAUGAUAUUAAUGAAGCAGCAUCACCAGGUACGUCGGCAAAUGUAGGUAUGCCAUCCUCUUCUUCUUCUUACGAUAAGGAACAAAAGAAUCAACAAUUCCACUAA